GAAGAAAUGCUCAAAUUUUUAGGAAAAUUUUCAAUGAAACAAGAAUGGAGAUGAGAAGGAAAGAAAAAACAGAACAUUCCACCUGACAAUGUCGAAAAACCCGAAAUUUUAAGGAACCGACAAAAUCCCACAAAACACCUUCUAGGUUUUCACCCCCAGACGGCAGCUGCAGCUUGUCACUCUCUUAUUUUCAGCUUUCAUUAACUUCCCGUCAAGCUAGAAGCUUCAAAGCUCAAAAAAUCAAAUCACCCCCCGAGUCCCCCACCUUGUAUGUCCAUUGAAACCCCAAAAGGAAAUCGCUUUAAAAAUCCUCACUCUUCAUCUCUCUCUUCAAUAAAAGCUUGCCUAAUUCAAGAACUGAAAGCCAGAAAGUGUGAACCGAUCCAUAUCUAGUUUCCUUAACGUUUCUUUCAUUAUCUUGCCUUUUAUAAACCCACCAUCGUCAUACUUUCAUCCCGCACCCACCCUCACCCCACACCACCCAACCCCCCCCUCCCUUCCACAUGGUAACACCACACUUUUUCUUCAUUUUUUUUUAUCAUGUUACUUGUUGUUUCCCUAUUUGCCUAGAUUCCUGGAAAGGAGAAUAUUAAUUUGAUUAUUCAAAUUUCUUGUUUAUCAACCAUCAUUCCCUGUUUCUCACAUACCCAUUUGUUAAAGAUUGGAUUUUGUUUCCUUCUUUGUGUUGAUUUGGUUCUCUUCAUAACUCGAUUCCUUGAUGGGUUUUGUCUUCCUGAACAAAUACCCAUAUGGCAAUUGGCAGUAACUAAAUUUGAUCAUUUACUUUAUUUGUAAGAUGUUCUUGGAGACCCUUCUGUCAUUAGGGGAUUUUUUUUUCCUAUGCAUAUAGAGUGUUUUGGAAUUAAAUUCUUUUGAAAACACAAUAUCAGAGUUGAUAUUAAAAUGGCGUUGGAGGAUGGCAAGGAGCCUGGUAUUACUAUUAGAUUGAUUCAGAAUAGGCCUCUGCCAUUGAGACUCCUUCAAUUUUUCUUGUUGUUUUUGGUUCUGGGUCUUGGGGUUUCCAUAAUUAGUAUGUAUACGUUUCGAUAUUUUGGAAUCCAAAAUGUAACUGGUGUAGGAAGGUCCAAUAUAUUUCUCCCUUGCUUUGAAGCACCAAAUGAUUUAGAGAACUGGAUUAGGCCUCCAUCAAACCUGUUGCAUAAGAUGAAUGAUACAGAGUUGUUUUGGCGUGCUUCAUUUGUUCCUCGAAUAAAGGAAUAUCCAUAUAGGAGAGUUCCGAAGAUUGCCUUCAUGUUCUUGACAAAGGGACCAUUGCCAUUGGCACCUCUCUGGGAGAGGUUUUUCAAGGGGCAUGAGGGGCUUUAUUCGAUCUAUGUUCAUUCAUUGCCUUCCUAUGCUGGCAACUAUACGCCAUCAUCAGUGUUCUACAAGAGACAAAUCCCAAGUCAGGUCGUAGAGUGGGGAAGGAUGAGUAUGUGUGAUGCUGAGAGGAGACUCCUAGCAAAUGCACUGCUUGAUAUUUCCAAUGAAUGGUUCAUCCUAGUGUCUGAGGCAUGCAUUCCUCUCCACAAUUUUAGCAUUAUCUAUCGCUACAUAUCAAGAUCACGGUACAGUUUUAUGGGAUCAUUUGAUGAAGAUGGUCCAUAUGGUAGAGGCCGAUAUAAUUGGAACAUGCAGCCUGAGGUCACACUUGCACAGUGGCGUAAAGGGUCUCAAUGGUUUGAAGUGAAUCGAAGACUUGCAGUUAAUAUAAUUGAGGACACCACAUACUACCCUAAGUUCAGAGACUUUUGCCAGCCAGCAUGUUAUGUGGAUGAGCACUACUUCCCUACGAUGUUGAGCAUCCAAGCUCCACGUCUCUUGGCAAAUAGGACGCUUACCUGGACUGAUUGGUCUAGGGGAGGUGCACACCCAGCAACAUUUGGAAAGGCUGACAUUACAGAGCAGUUCUUCAAGAAGAUGUUUGAAGGGCAGUCAUGCACCUAUAAUAAUCAACCAACAACUGUGUGCUAUCUCUUUGCAAGGAAGUUCGCCCCAAGCGCUUUAGAUCCUCUAUUAAGUUUAGCUUCUAAAGUUUUUGGAUUUUGAUAUAGGCAUGGUUGGCUGUACACAUAGUUUGAGAAAGUUUUACCUAGGUAUGCGAGUUUAGUUGCCAAGCUAGCCCGCACUCUAUCUUAGAUAUGGGUGUUCUAUUUCAAAUGAGUUUAUAUUACAUUUUAAGCAUUGAUAUCAAACCAUUUCAGAUGUAUAGUUAUUCUGAUCCUAAAUUACAGUUUUUAAACAUCUUUGUUUAAUAAUAUCAUAUUUCUCACC